AUGACCGAAGGUUCUCACGAGAAUAUGUUGCGGAGGGCUCAGGUUUGCAGGACCUGUACUAGGAGCGAUGAACUUUUUGUCGACCAGUCAAGUCCACGAAAGCCGUAUCUUUCUUUCACGAUAGGGCCGUAUCCAUUGGGUCGGCUCAUCAUCAAAAUAUGGUCUCACGACCAAGGCCAGUGCGACAUCCAGUACGAAGCCGAUCAACCAUAUGCGAACUCGCAUACAUGGUUUGCCCUCGGCCUCCUUCCGAAAAGUCCCGAUUGCUUGAGCCCUCCAGAAGAGCCGUAUCUAUGCGAAAUUCAGAGGAACGUUCGUGCGUCCACUGAGACAAAGUGCCACACCCUUGAGUGGAGGCUUAAUGCACCAUUUGAGGAGGAUGAAACCAAUGAAAGCGAAGUUCAAGGGUGGCUGGAGUCGAUCUCGAGUGGUCCCUGUGUAGAGGUCGGUGUGUUCCCUCUUGCAAGAUACCCAGGCUGGGUGAACCACGUGUACCAGGUCAAGGUCGAAUUAUACGACGAUACCAACAUGACACUGUUACAAGGAAAGGUUUUGGCCUCCAAUCAAGCUGCCUCACCAAUGGUUGAUAAGGCACAUUCAGGUACAGAGUCACCGUACUUCCUCACUAGGCAGAGAGACGGAGCACAAAGAAUCUUGGAUCAGACGCGCACCAAUGAUCCAACUACCGGAAUGGAAUGGACCCAGCUAGCCAUAAGCCUGACCGAGCGCUGGGCGAAUACAUGUUCGAUUGAGGCACUAUCUGGAGCCAUCGACGCUGCCCAGAAGGCCAUCAAAGCGAUGCUCGGUGAUCACCGGAACCUCGCUAUUGGCUUGAACAACCUUGGAUUCUUGCUUGGCAUACGAUACUGUGGCACAAAAUCAAUGGACGACUUAACAAAAGCAAUCGAAGUAGGUGAAACGGUGAUCAAGGUCACAUCUGAUGAUGACCCAGAUCUUAUCCAAUACUUGCAAACGCUUGCGUCCAGACUACGUAGCCGAUACGAACACACAAGAGUCCCUGAGGAUCUGACGAGAGCGACCGACGUGUACCGGAAGGCCGUCGAAGUCGCUUCAGAUGAUCAUCCAAAGCUCGCUAGCCUCUUCAAUAAACUUGGAAACUGUCUAGGGACCGUAUACUGCAGAACGGGGCGCAUAAACGACCUAACGGCUGCGAUUGAAGUGUUUGACAGAAUGGUCGAAGUGGUCCCUCGGCACCCCAAACUCCCUUGUUAUUUAAGCAACCUUGGUGUUUGGCUUUGUGCCCGCUUUGAGGCUACUGGUUCUAUGGAAGACCUGGAAAGGGCUAUCGAAGUGAACCAAAGAGCUGUCGAAAUCACACCUGAUGCUGAUAAAGCAGACCUUGCACUUUUCUUGAGCAACCUGGGAGUUUGUCUAGGCUAUCGGUCUGAACGGAAAGGUUCAACGGAUGACCUAGAUACGGCAAUUGAAUUAUCAGAACGAGCUGUUGCAAUAAUUCCUGAUGAUGAUGCAAACAUCGCUGCUAUUCAUAACAAUUUUGCAAAGGCUCUCCUCCGCACGUCCGACCAAGGCUGUGUGACGAGAGACAGUGUCACAAGAGCCGUGCAGGUUGCUCAAACGGCCGUCGAAGUAAAUGGCGACAAGCAAUUGUAUCUUCCUCUGUAUUUGUGCACUCUCGGUGAAACGCUUAGACAGCGGUAUGAGGCGACUGGGUCCGUAGAUGACCUGACAAGAGCAAUCGAAGCAAUCCAGAAAUCAGUUGAAGCCACACCUACUGGCCAUGCAGAACUUCCCAUAUAUCUCGGCAAUCUUGCCAGUUCUUUGGCUAAACGACACGAGGUUUUCGGGUUAGCGGAUGACCUUUCCAGAGGCCUGGAGGCUGCUGAGAAGUGCGUUGAAGCAACACCUCGUGAUCAUAUAUCCUUUGCAGGAAGGCUGACCCAGCUUGGUACCCACCUACGUAAACUUUAUGAGCGCACAGGGGAAAUGGAUGAUCUAACGAGAGCAAUUAGCCUGUCUCAGCAAGCCGUUGAGAUGUCUGAUCCUUUUGGCCUCGCCUUGUGUCUAAGUAAUCUCGGCGAUUUACUAAGCGACCGGUAUGAUCGGACAAGGUUGCUAGAUGAUCUAGACCGCGCUACUCAAGCGGCCCGAAAGGCUGUUGAAGCGGCACGAGAUGACAGGCAUCUUGCCGGUUAUUUGAUGACUCUUGGGAGAAGGAUGACUGACCGAUACGACCGAACAAGAGCGAUGGACGACCUGACGAGAGCAAUUCAAGCGGCUGAGAAAGCCCUAGAAGUAAUGCGUCAUGAUCAUAUAAGCCGCGCUGCAUAUUUCAAGAGACUUGGAUUCAUGCGAGGUCGCCGGUAUGUACGGACACAAGCAAAAACAGACCAGGAUGCUCAGCUCUCAGCGUAUGUUCAAGGUUGGAGUUGUUUAACGUCUUCGCCAUAUGAUCGCAUCGCCGCAGCUGUGUGCGCUGCCGAUAUCGAUGAAAUGAGGGCAGACUGGGACAAGUCAUACAGCUUGUUGCGGGAGGCAGUCCUCCUCUUGCCGAAGCUCAGCCCACGGUCUCUGAGACAGUCUGACAUGCAGAACAAGCUCAGUCCCACUCUUGGCUUGGCUACAUAUGCCGCUACGACAGCUAUCAAUGCUGGAAAGCCCGUGGCAGAGGCUUUAUCCAUUAUCGAACUCGGCCGUGGAGUCAUCGCUGGUCUCCUCAUAGAUACCCGUGGCGAUCUUUCAGGUCUAAGGGGGCCACACCCAUCACUAGCUCAAAGAUUUGACGAACUUCGAAAAGAGCUGGACUCUCCCUCGCAAGAUAGCGGUUCGACGCGACAACACUGGGCUAGUCGUGAGUUCGAUGAAGUCAUCGAACAGAUCCGCGCCCAGGACGGAUUUCGCAACUUUCUUCAACCACCCUCAGCUGAGACUCUUAUGGCAGCAGCUGAGUCAGGCCCAAUUAUUGUAAUCAAUCUCUGUAACUACAGAUGCGAUGCGAUUCUUGUAGAGCGGCACGAGGUCCGGCUCUUGGAACUCCCUGGCUUAAAGGUCCAAGACAUCGAGAAGCAUGUCGAAAACAUCAGCGUUUCCAAACAUCAACCUUGGCAACUCCUUGAAUGGCUCUGGACCACUAUUUGCCAGCCUUGUCUCGACGCACUGGGGUUCACAGAACCCGUGGGUAAGGGCGAUAGUGAGUGGCCGCAUGUCUGGUGGGUUCCUACAGGUCUUCUAAGCCAGCUACCUCUUCAUGCUGCGGGUAUCUACACCCCAGGGUCCAAGGAGACGGUUCUUGAUAGAGUGGUGUCAUCAUAUGCCGCGUCCAUCAAGGCGUUGCAACAUGGGCGUCAGAGACGAGUGGGAAUGAUGCAUGAGCACGGACAACAGAGCGACGCGAUUCUCGUCGCCAUGGAACAAACUCAAGGGCAAAUGUCGCUUCCAAACGCGAGGACAGAGACCGAUAAAGUCGAAGCCCUAUGUCCAUUACUCAACUUGAACGCCUCAACACCUCCUCGGCGUAAAGCUGAUAUCCUGGAACAUAUCAAAAGAUGCAAGAUUCUUCAUUUUGCAGGACAUGGAGAGUCCAGGAGAGAUCCUUCUCAAAGCUGCCUUCUCUUGGAGGACUGGAAAACAGAUCCCUUGACCGUCGACGACCUUCGUGAGAGCUGGCUCCAGGAAAAACAAGCCUUCCUCGCCUACUUAUCAGCCUGCUCCACUGGAAGCAACCAAGGAAAGGGUCUUGCAGAUGAGGCGAUCCACCUCGUCAGUGCCUUUCAGCUAGCUGGCUUCCGGCAUGUUGUUGGGACUCUAUGGGAAGUAUCGGACCCACAUUGUGUCGAUGUGGCCACCGUGCUAUACCAGACUCUAUGUGACGAAGGCAUGACGGACGAAGCUGUCAGCCUCGGUCUCCAUCGGGCAGUCCGGAAGCUACGUGAUGAUUGUUUCCUGGAGGGACGUAAUAGGGAUAUUGUUCUCGUAGGAGAAGACGAAGAGCAAACCCCGGGAUCGAGUGUCAACACGUUUUGGAUCCCAUACAUUCAUUUUGGUGCCUAG